AUGUCAGAUUCCCGUCGCCCUCAUUUCAGAUUCCCGUCGCCCUCAUUACAGCUUUCCGUCGCCCUCAUUACAAAUUUCCGUCGCCCUCAUUACAGCUUCGAGUCGCCCUCAUUUCAGCUUCCCGUCGCCCACAUUUCCCUUCCCGUCGCCCACAGUUCCCUUCCCGUCGCCCUCAUUUCCCGUCCCGUCGCCCUCAUUUCCCGUCCCGUCGCCCUCAUUUCCCGUCCCGUCGCCCUCGUUUCCCUUCCCGAAACCCACAUUCCCCUUCCCGUCGCCCUCAUUUCCAUUCCCGACGCCCUCAUUUCCCUUCCCGACGCCCUCAUUUCCCUUCCUCUCAUCCUCCCUUCCUCUCGUCUUCCCUUCCUCUCAUCCUCCUUUCCUCUCAUCCUCCUUUCCUCUCAUCCGCCCUUCCUCUCAACCUCUCUUUCUCUCAUCCUCUCUCCCAUUCAUCCGCCCUUCCUCUCAUCCUCGCUUCCUCUCAUCCUCCCUUCCUCUCAUCCUCCCUUCCUCUCAUCCUCCCUUCCUCUCAUCCUCCUUUCCUCUCAUCCUCCUUUCCUCUCAUCCGCCCUUCCUCUCAACCUCUCUUUCUCUCAUCCUCUCUCCCAUUCAUCCGCCCUUCCUCUCAUCCUCGCUUCCUCUCAUCCUCCCUUCAUCUCAUCAUCCCAUCCUCUCAUCCUCCUUUUCUCUUAUCCUCCUUUCCUCUCAUCCGCCCUUCCUUUCAUCCUCCUUUCCUCUCGUCCACCCUUCCACUCGUCCUCCCUCCCCCACAUCCUCCCUUCCUCUCAUCCUCCCUUCCUCUCAUCCGCCCUUCCUCGCAUCCUCCCUUCCUCUCAUCAGAGCUUCCUCUCAUCAUCCCUUCCUCACAUCUUCCUUUCCUCUUAUCCUCCCUCCCUCUCAUGCGCCCUUCCUCUCAUCCUCCCUUCCUCUCAUCCACACUUCCUCUCAUCCUCCCUUCCUCUCGUCCUCCCUUCCUCUCAUCCACUCUUUCUCUCAUCCUCUCUCCCAUUCAUCCGCCCUUCCUCUCAUCCUCGCUUCCUCUCAUCCUCCCUUCAUCUCAUCAUCCCAUCCUCUCAUCCUCCUUUCCACUCAUCCGCCCUUCCUAUCAUCCUCCUUUCCUCUCGUCCUCCCUCUCUUCCACUCUCCCUCUCAUCCUCCGUUCAUCUCAUCAACCCUUCCUCUCGUCCACCCUUCCUUUCGUCCUCCCUCCCCCUCAUCCGCCCUUCAUUUCAUCCACCCUUCCUCUCGUCCUCCCUCCCCCUCAUCCGCCCUUCCUCUCGUCCUCCCUUCCUCUCGUCCUCCCUUCCAAUCGUCCUCCCUUCCUCUCAUCCUCCCUUCUUCGCAUCCUCCCUUUAUCUCAUCAUCCCUUACUCUCAUCCUCCUCUCCUCUUAUCCGCCCUCCCUCUCAUCCGCCCUUCCUCUCGUCCUCCCUUCCUCACAUCCUCCCUUUCUCUCAUCCUCCCUUCCUCUCAUCCGCCCUUCCUCUCAUCCUCCCUUCCUCUCGCCUCCCCCUUCGUCCCCUCCCGUAGCCUCCCGCCCUCCUCCUUCCCUCCCUCUCUCCCUCCUUUUCAGAACCUCUAUCGCCAGGCACAGCAGCGCUGCAAGGUGGCCAACCGGGUGUUUAUGCAGAUUCUCAAGAGACACCCAAACCUCUACUGGCAGGCAGGCGCCCUUCCCUCAUUUCAUCAAUCCAUGCCCAUUUAG